AUGAAAGUCUCUCAAAUCGUUUUCCUCGCAAUUCUUGUCGGUUCCAAUGUCGCCAGUGCCGCUACAGUGCCGACAAUUUCUUCUCGACAAGUACAAUGGACCUGUGUUGACACGUGCCAGUCUACACCGCCUACGGACUGUAAGAAACCCAAGAAGCCUACGAAUAUUGAGACGUGGCUUCGACAUUAUGGAUGUCAGAACAUCAGAGAUACUGUAGCUAUGGGUAUCGUGGAAUGGCUCGAUUUGAAUACCAACGACUCGAUGCGCCUUGCCAAGGAUACGAAUUUCAUUAUCAGAGCUGCACAUAUUCUCGGUAUAAAACUUUCUCCAAUUGAAAAGGCCUCAGACGAGCACUUCCUCUUGCAUAACUUCGCGCACAUCGCACAAUCAAACUUUCUGUCGUCACCAGAUGCCAUGAAAGUUGCUCAAAUCGUUGCCCUCACAAUUCUUGUCGGUUCCAAUGUCGCCAGUGCCGCUACAGUGCCUACAAUUUCUUCUCGACAAUGGGAUUACUGUGAUGGCCCGUGCAUAUCUAAACCGCCUUCGAACUCUAAACGACUUUCUUACCGUUGGAACCCUACGUACUGGUUGAGCUGUAACAACAUCAUAAGAACUUAA